CAUCAAGAAGGCAAAUUCUGGCCCUUCUGCUUAAUGUCACUUUAUGAGAUAAUAUUUGCCUAUAAUAAAACUGAAGAAGAUUUCCAGAAGGCUUCAGGGAGCAGGAUAGUAAAAACAUACAACUUUCUCAGGGAUAGAAAUCCUUCCUUUUGCUACCUUUCAGCCAGAACCAAAUACGCUUCUUUGUUGAGAAGUGAAAUGUUUUCAAAGAAAAGAACAAAAAAAAAAUCCAUUCGCUUUUUUAAAAAGCACCUUUGGGACAACCAUGACCUGGAGGAUUGAGAAUCUCCCUAGAUCCUAACCCAGAAAAGGUUAAUCAGAACAUGGAGAACAUGCUUAUAUUAAAUUUUUCAACAGCAACAUUGUCUUUCUAAUCUUAGCACCAUCUCAGAUCCACCACCUAAAUGGCAUUUCUCAUUUGGGCAAGGUUUUAUUAUACUUGCUCACUUGUCCUGUUACUGAGAGAUGGAUUUAAAGGCUUCAGGCAUGGAUGAUCAUGCUGCUUGCCACCUUCCAGCAAGUUAAUACCGAUUUGGACAGAACAAGUUACUGUGAAGAAUACAAGAGGUUUUUUUUAUCAGACACAACUUGAUCACCAGCCUCGGUUUUCUAACAAAUCUCCGGACAACCCCAGAAAGCAGUGAGGUGAUUCGGUAAAGUCCUAACUGGCCCAAUGGCCCGAAUUAAUUCCACUAGUUAGACUUUGUACAGAUCUUAAGAGGAAGCUACUUCCUCCUUGAGCUGUAUUAAUUGGAAGUCAAAGUUAAGCAAAACCCGACCCAUCCACCCUCCUCUUUGAACGAUGAACUUCAAAUAUUGAAUCUCUGUAAAUUUAUACGGCGCCUUUGCGCGUAUUGGGCACUUCCAUUAGGGGAAGAUUUAUUGCAAACUCUUCCCUGUCCGCUAAUUCUGCCCUGAAAUCCUCCCGUCUACAAGACCUGCGUGGGCUUCGUAGCUGAGAAGACUCCGCUGGAUGCCUGCGGGGGAGGACCGUAGCUUACCUGUGGUAAUACUUCCAGUAAGAAUGGCCAGUGGAAAUGCAUUUUCCUCUAAUGGAACAAACACAAUCCAAACAUUCCAGGGGUUUCCCAAUGUUGCUGUUCAGAUCUCUGGAGCAAUACCAAAUCUUCAGUAUGGACCUCAGCAACUUGGAACUUCCGCCAGUGCUCCUCAACAAGUUCUCCAAAAGGGUCCUUUGGAGAGAUUCUUCAAUGCUGAGAUCAAAGUACUUGGGGCCGUCCAAAUCAUGAUUGGGUUGAUGCACAUUGGCUUUGGGGCUGUCGCAGUUUUUCUUGCUCUUGCAGGCUACAUCUCCUUUUCUGUAUUUGGAGGCUACUCCUUUUGGGCAGGGAUUUUAUUCAUUUCUUCUGGAUCACUUUGUGUAUCAGUUGCGAAGAAUCAAAACCGUAGUUUGGUGAAAUGCAGUAUAGGAAUGAACAUCACAAGUGCCAUAAUUGCAUUAUUUGGUAUUCUGCAGUAUAUAGUUGAGUUGAGUUUGAGUGAUAGUUUUGCUAUCAAUAACCAUUCAGACAAUUCGAUAAAAGCAGUUGGCACAUGCCUCUCCAGCGUGCUGUUCUUGUUCAGAUUGCUGGAAUUUUUCAUCACUGUUUCACUUACACAUUUUGGAUGCCAGGCAACUUGCUGUGUUAAUGACCAGGCAACCAUUGGUUUUGUGCCUUACCAAGUAGUCAGCGAAUGUGUACCACCCACGACUGAACCAAAUUCAUCCUCUCCACCAGCCUAUGAUAAUGUGGUUACCAAGCCAGAGUAAGAAAAAACAAGAAACCCAGGAAAGAAUUGUGAGAAGUGUUGCACCAGAGGUCAUAGAAGAAGCAAUUCAUAUUAUAUUGUUUUGUUUUAUUCUAUUCUCUAGCUUGUUUAUUUUUCAAUUACAGCCUUUAAGCACCACAUUAAAUGGUGGCAAGUUUUAAAAUAACUUUUUUUACAUAAUAGUGAUAAGGAAGAAGCAAUAAUUUUCAAUGAUGUACAGAGUUUAUUACUCCUUUGUUUAUAUUCUGGAUUGCACUUCCUUUUUCUGAUGACUGUUGUAUUAUGAAAGAAGUCUGUUACAGAAAAGAGGGAGAAAAAAACACUUAGCAAAAUUGAAACACAAGUGAUUGGUAAACAGGUCAUUGGCAAUAGCAAUGUUAAUAGCAGUUACAUACAGUAAUUACACUGAUCCCAAGGAGAUUAGUAGAAGUUUGCAUACAUUUGAAGCCUGUAGAGUAUUUGAUACUAUUGUUUCCUGUAUAUGUACAAUAAAGGUGAAUUAGUAGUGCUAA